AUGGCCUCUCUAAAUUUGUUUUCGAGGAUCGAAUCGCCUUCAGAGCAGGAGAAACAAAUCUUUGCGAUAUUGGAUGAAUAUGCCCAACCUUCCAGCUCAACCACAGCUUCGACAGCGGCACAGAGUAUCCAUGAAUUCGCAGCUCCACUCCUGUCGGAUUCUCAAGCGGACGGUCUAGAGAACCUGCUUUGGCAAUUCUGGAAUAUCGUUAUCAAUGUCGCGAGACAGAUUCCAUGUGAUAGCCCGUCGCAGGAGCGGUUGGUGGAACUUGUGAAGGCGUUGACCGAGAUACCACCUACGACGAUACAGAUUUGGGGCAAUGAUACCAAGCUCUGGGUGGACCUACCACUUCUGGGGCCUGAGAUGAGAGAAGCUUGGAACCUCAAUCCAACAGGCAACGAAGCCGAAGAGAAAAUCAAAGAAUGGAUCAACCUUAAUUCUUUCGUCGCACGUCUACUCAGCAUCAGCCUUGCACCAUGGACCGUUCUCGGCGUAUGGGCUCUCCGCGAUGCUCUCGAGGAAGAAUCGUCGGGGAGGAAGGUGGAAUGCGACAUUGCUGUGGCUAAGGAAUGGCUCCAACAUGGUGGGCCUGUUUUGCGACAGCAGACUCUGGCUGCAGAGAACAAGGAAGAGCGGAUUAUGGCUGGUGGAACAUUGUACCAGGGACCAGCCAAGCUGUGCCCUGAACGAUGGAACUUCUGGAAGGAGCGUCUGAGUCAGAUCAGCGAUCAGGGGGGUGACGUUGGAAAGGUUGCGAGUACAACGAAGACGGCGAUGGAUCAGCUGGAAGAUAAUUAA